GAGUUCUUGCUUGUAAAAAACUCCAAGUCGAGAUGAAAAUACGAGGAAGUUACAAAUCAUACAACGUGUCAACAUCACAGCAAAUUGCUGCAACCCUGUUAGCCAUUAGCAUGCUCCUGCCACGAUGAGUAGCAGAAGUUUCCCCUCGACAGGGGAAACCACGACGUACAAGGGGACCUCCACGACAAUGUCGUUCUUCUCCGCCUGGUCUUUGUUGUUGUUGCUGACGACACCAGCCUCUUUGGAGGUCGACUUGGUCAGUUCUACGACUUUCAUUAACUGCAGGAGCGUCAAGAAGAACAAGAAUUUCUUGAUGUCAACAUCGAAGAAGAAGAGAGUCCUCCCGAAUGCGCCAUGCUCUUGCGAGUACUGCGAACAGGGUAUGCUGCAGUCCUGCGUAAACGAGUAUCAUGCGCGAAGACAGGUCAACACCUGCGUCGCAACGGCAGCUGCCUUCUGCAGCUUGAUGGAUGGUAAUCGUUUGUCUUUGUUUUCCUCGUCACCAUAGGAAUAGGUGCAGCCGCUGUGUAGCCUUGUCCACAUGCACUGCAUCCGAAACCUAACCUACUACGAGGAACCGAUUGCUACCUUUUUCCACGUCUCAACAGAAACAAUCUACUUGUACUUCAAGAACUUGCAAAUAAUUCACAGUGAGUCUACUUGUACUUCAAGAUCUUCACUAUCUCCACCUGUAUCAUAAACGUAAUUUCUUGUUGUAGGGAACUGCUUCUCAUAAUCCUACAACGUCAACAACAUGCAUAAUCUUCAGGCGACCAAAUCCUGCAGACUGACGUCGUCAAGGAGCGCGACCUUCAACUAGCAAACCUCGAGGCAGCGGCAGGCGUUAAUAGCACUAGCACUAAUAACUUUCAGUCGUGGACGAUGGGGGCUGACGUUCCGGUUGCCAGUUUCUGUUUGCAUGAAUGUAGACCAACUUCUACUAGGUGGCCAGCGCUGCACGUGAAUGCAGAAGCAGAAGUUUUAUCGUCCUUGUCUUUUAGAAGUGGUUCUGAAGCUGCAGCGAGGACUACGUCGUUUUUACAACAGGAACAGGAGAGGGAAAGGAGAAGUGUACAAAGCCAGAGGCCGGCACCACCAGAAUGGACCCACUGGAGUCCAUCGAGUUGUAAGAUGACUACUGCUCCUUUUGGUCGUCUAGCUGCAAACUAUCUCACUCUCACAGACAUAUAUUUAUAUGCUGAUGACAGAUAUUUCUCUCUAUGAAGACGAGUGUUACAAGGUUUAUUAGAGAUUCAGCUAAAUACAAUACUGUACUUCUGCUUUUGUUGAAGACCUAGAACUUGAAUAAAAACAAAAAUAACAAUGCCAACCAUCAAUCCAAACAGGUGUCCCGAUUUCCGCAGAAUUCGCUACGAAAUUGGCCCUUUUCCACAACCAGACUGAAGCCGUAGUUGACCUCAAUAUUUGCGCAGGGGACCCUCAUGCGGCCUCAACGGAUGCGAGGACUACAAGGUCAAAUUCUACUUCGAAUUGAGCUCCAGCUGCAUAUCAUGAAUAUAUAAAAAAGAAGGGGUGGUAGUUGUUGUUUCACUGUUCGUCUCUCGAUAAGACGAACCUCCCGAAGGGAGCAUAUUUUAUUUACAACAUAGAUCUACUUCUUUUGAAAGUAAGAAAUUUUGACUGGCUUUUUGAACCAGACAUGUUGGAGACAGCCGCCAUUCCUCCUGAGUGAUUGUGAUCCCAAUCUCCAUUUUAGAUGACGUCAUCAUUCUAACAUAAGUACGCGAAAAAUGGUUCCGAUUCCAAGAAAUCAAUGAAAUAGACUUUAUGUAUUCCGUCAUUUGAAUCAAAAUUCCAAGAAUAUCAAGACGUUUUGGCGGGAAUGCCAAUCAUCGCACAAUAGCGUCUAUGAUUCCGAAAACGGUUUCUGUUCCUGUCUGUUUCACUGUACCCUCCAAUGGUUCUCUUAUGACACGACUGCCACUCUUCUCCAAUGACAUUCUUUUUGGGAUUUGGUCGAUGUAAUCAUCGUCUAUUCGAU